AUCCACUACGAGAAGUGAGAACUGUCUGACUUGACUGCACUUAUUUCACUCCUCCCCUGUCUGCAGCCGUCUACUUUCAAGGGGAGGCGUUUGGCAUCUCAAACAAGCGUAACGUCUGCCUCAGUGAAAUCAGAAGUGAGUGCGCUAAUGAGAAUGUAUUGGAUGGAUUCUGAAGAAGUCAACCAUUUCCCCCCCGCGAAAGACAAUUAACUGGCUCAGCGAAAUCAAAACUGCAGUGCACUAAUGAGCAUGUAAUGGGUGGAUUCUGAAGACGUGAGGAUUCAGGUUGCCUCUGCGAAAACAAAAAGAGCGGCAGACUAAGGGUGCUUGGCUGCAGCCUCGCUAGGCUGGAUAUCUUGGCUGCCACGUCAUCAAGCACCGUCGAAGGCCGUCUCACUUGUGAGGACACUUGGAAGGCAGCCUCAUUUCGCAGCCUUCUUUGCCAUAUUUUGGAGGAUGCAUUGGGUGUAUCCUUUGUGGCCUUCAGUCACCCAUAAUCCUUUGCACAUGUCCCAAAUUAUUUUUAAAAAGGGUGGAAAACGAGUUGCGUGACCGCAGAGGCAGAAACCUUUAUGACGCUGCUUUUUUUCUCUCUCUCUCAAGUUUUAUUCACAUUUGCACCAAGACAAUAUGUAGAAAAAUAAAAAAUGCAAGUCGUGUAGACAAUGCAACAAAUUAGAAGAUACAAAGCACAAGAUGAUAAAUAAAUACAAUUAAUAAAAGGGCAGUUACAUGAAUUUGAAAAGCUUUAAACGUUUUAUAGUUUUUACAAGUCUAGGGUUCUUUUUUUUUUUCCAUAUUUGAAAGGGUUUAAAUAUAAAUUCUAAGAUCAGUGUUGCAAAAUUUAUUAUAUUAAGGCUUUUUUUGAGUGACUCUAGCUUUGUGAAUUAAACAUUUGGCUAAAAUAGGGAUUAAGGACAUAUUUCUCGUUUUCUGAAGUAUAUGGGUUUUCUAAACAAAGUAAAACAUCACAUGGUUCUAAGCUUAUGGUUUGCCAUAUACACUUACUAGGACAUCUCAUUCUAGUGCUGAAUCCUGAAGAGUCUAGCCUACAGCCUCCGAAGGACUGGUCUAGGAAGGACACAGCCUUACUAGGCUGCAGCCUUCCAUUUGAGAAGCACCCUAAGUGUGCAGUCUUUAAAAAAAAUAAAAAAAACUCUCUCUCGCCUGCUCACUUGCUUUAUGCAGCCACGCACUGUAUGUGUGUAGGCAAAAUGUCACCAGAUGUGCUCUGCGCUCUCAACCAGAAUCAUAAAUAACGUAAGUUGUGGAAAAUUCACUUUGAAACAUACUACUUAUCAGGUAAACAUAAACUAAUAGGAUGGAUAAAAUAGACCAUGAUUAAAAUUUUACAACACCUUCCUCUGAUAUUUGUAGUGCAACAUCUGUACUUGACCUGUAAAGCUGGUACUUCAAUGCUAAAAAAUUCAGAAAAUACAAAAACAAAACACAGAUCAGGCCAUGUAAGGGGUGAAACAAGCGUCUACAUUUUUUUUUAAAGAUUUACACAUUUAAAAUGUAUAAAAAUAUUAUACAUUUUUAAAUAUACGUUACAAUAAAUUAAUUUAUCUAUAUGAAAUACAAUGCAUUAAAAAUACCCCCUCCACCACAGUGUUCUCUUUUUGGACAACCGCAAUAUGGUCACCCUAACUAUGUUGCAUUGCUGUUUUAAGUUGCAUUGUGCUAAUGAGCAUGUAAUGGGUGGAUUCUGAAGACGUGAGGAUUUGGAUUGCCUCAGUGAAAUCAAAACUGCAGUGCACUAAUGAGCAUGUAAUGGGUGGAUUCUGAAGACGUGAGGAUUCAGGUUGCCUCUGCGAAAACAAAAUGAACUCAACCAGUCACCAGCCCAGCCAAGUCACAACACAAGAUAGCAUAAUGCCUUUUGACUGCAGUGAGAACACUCUGCUUGAAGCUGAUGAUCAAACAAAUGUUACACCAAGACAGCCUGAUCUCAACGACUAUGAGAUGGAGACUUCUGUAGUUCCAACUUGCUCCACUGUAUGGCACACACGAUGUUUUAAAAGGGCACAUCAUUAUAAUGCAUCUGCAUCCAAUGAAGAGGAUGAAGUAUCAUCAGAAGAAGAAUUUGUUCAUUGUUCUGCAUCUGACACUGAAACAGAAAGUGAAUUGGAAGAUCCAGUUGGUAUUCCAAGGAAACAGGACUUGCUAACUGCAUAUGGAAAAGCUACCACAACAGACCCAAACAUUCCUAAUAGUAAUUUUGUUGCCAUGGAAAGCACUGAAAUGGAGAACGAAACAUCCAACGCAACACAAAACAUGGAACACAUAAUCGGUUGUUCUGCGUCAAAAAAUGAGUCAACCUCUCUGGCUAAAGGGGGGCAGAAUUAUUGCUUUGUUUGUGGGGAAGCUCAAUCCAAAAUAGCAAGACACUUUAAGGUUCAUGUUAAAGAAGAUGCUGAAAUAGCAAAGGCACUGAGUUUACCAGUAAGAUCUAGACAAAGGAAACAACUGCUUGAGAUGCUGAGAAACAGAGGCAACUUCAACCACAACAACAACGUCUUGAAAAAAGGAGAGGGUUCAUUAAAAGUUAAAAGACGAGCCGUUCAAAAAACCGAAUCGGUGCACAAAAAGUAUGAAUACUGUGUGUAUUGCAAGGGAAUGUUUGUGCGAAAAGAGCUAUGGAGACACAUGAGAAGAUGCAAGUCUAAGCUAGCCAAGACAGAUAAACCCUCUGGGGGCAGACAUAGAGUUCUAACUAUUGCAGCAGUGGCCAAGUCUGCCUUCUCUACGAGAUUUGAGGAUGGGCUACUGAGAAUGAUAGGAUGCAUGAAUGAUGAUGAAAUUGCACGUGUAGUAAGAAAUGAUUUUGGACUACUUGAGUUUGCUCAGUCUCUAUAUAAUCGGCAUGGGCAUGACAAAGCAAAGCAUGAAUAUAUGCGUCAAAAGGUACGAGAACUUGGAAGGUUCUUAUUAACAUUGCGUAACAAAAUUCCAUCAGCCACUCUGGAAGAUGCCAUAAAACCAGCGAAUUUUAUGAAUGUCAUCAAAGCAGUAAAAGAAAUGGCAGGAUUUCAUACAGAUCAACAUUCUUUUCAAACACCAAGCCUAGCUUUAAAAAUUGGACACUCUCUCUUAAAAAUUAGUGAAAUUCUUCACUGCCAUGCUCUUAUUGCUGAGGACACAGAGUUGACAAAAUGUGCCGAAGCUUUUCAGCAGCUGUACAAAGCAAAGUGGUCAGAAUACAUAUCCCACAGAGCAUUAUGCACCAUCAGUGAUGCAAAUAGUGUUGUCACGGUAACAAAAUUUCAGUAGUCGGUACCGAUACCAGUGAAAUUUCACGGUUCUCGAUAGCAAUAUCGAUACCAUAGAAAAUAAUUUGCUAAUAUGAUAAUGUGCUAUUGAACACACUCCUUUAGCCUAAAGUUAAAUUUCAAUGUAAAUAAUAAAUUAAAAGAUAUGCAUGUUUCCUUCAAGUGUUUCUAAUACUUCUUUGUUUUUAAGCAGGGCCCUACUGAAAGUUUGUAUUUUUUUCCCCAAAUCCUUUAUUUUUUUUGUUUUUAAUUUUCCAGAAUUACAUGUUUUAAAGUUUAAUUUCAUUUCAUUAUCAAAAUAGUGUCUAAUCAAACAUUUUUCCUUAAACUUUUAAAGACUUUUAACAAGUAAAAAAUAGAAAAAUUAUUUGUCAACAUACCAUUGCAUUUCUUUAAACUUUUAUUCAGUACAAAAGCACUCUUGCUUGUGAUAUAUUGCUUAAUUUUUAUUAUUACAACAAUAAUUAUUGUUCUUUCUACAGUGAGGAUUACAUUUUACUAUACUGUUAUAUUAUAUUUCUGUUGCCAUUUCUUCAAUUUCAGGCGUUUAGCUUUUAUGAAUCGUGCUUUUAUUUUGAUGUUUAUUUUAUUUUUUUAUUUUUUUUUACAAGUAAACAGUUCGCUGCAUGGCCCAGUGUGAUUGUCAAAGCGUAAAUGCUGUGAUUAUAUAAAUUAUAUAAAAAUAACGCUUCAGAGUGGAUUAGUGCUCUGCUCUGUCAUCUCUCAUACAACUCGAAUGAUUCUCAGUCUGUGAAGUUUCCAGUGUAUGAGCAGUCUGCUUCACACAUUCAUUUAAACCCAUGCAGCUUAUACCAAGGUUAUUAUAGUUUUGCAUUUUCAAAUCAGUUUUUAUUUUAUAUCGUUUUCAAAUUUGCUAUAAAUUUCAGUUCAGAUUUAGUUUCAUUAAUGAUUUUGUUAGUUUUAGUUUAGUUUUUAUUUUGUAAUCACAUUUCUAUUUAGUUUUUAUAUAUUUUAGUUUUAGUAAUUAUAGUUUUGAGUUACAGAACACUUCCAGAGUGUAGACCAAAGCAGGACAUUUGAAUUUAAGUUUGGCAAACUUAUACAAUACACUUAAAGCAAAAUGAAACGGUUGAAUAUUUGCACAGUUUACUUAUACUUGUGCAUAAUAACAAUAACAUAAUGGAUUGUGAUUCAAUAAAGUCACAAAGAACCAAACAAGCAAAUCAAAUGUAUAAAAGUUAAAUGUAUGAAAAUUUCAAAUGAACUCAAAUUCAUGUAAAACAUGAAAUCAUGUUAAACUGUUGAUGCUCACUGUACGGAUGGCGGGCACUCCGUCAUUUGUUUAUAUGUUUACAUUUACUGCAUACGGUAUGAUAAAUGUCUCGUAUAAUCUUGAAAUCCAUGGUCAUCUGUUAAAUAUAGUAUGUUAUCCAUUCAACCAUGAAGCCAGAAGCCACUGCAGUGUAUAAAUGAUCCAAAUAUGGUCAUGAAGAAAAAAGUCAGAGACCACAUGAACAGACUUCCUCAUUCGGAUCUAUACGUAUAAACUGUAAAGCAAAAAACUAAUGUUUUGUCUGAUGAAAGAUGUCAUGAAUAUAUAGAUGACUACGAAAAUGUAUGGUUUGUCAAUAUUUUCCAAGCGAUCACUGGUAUUUGUAUAGGUUUAUUGAACAGUUCUGGAUCUGGCACUGGACUCAACCUGCAAAUUCUAGAAAUAUUAUGCUUUCUGCUUCAUUCUAUGAAUGGAAUCCACAUGAAAUCGGUAAAAGAAGCUGUUAUAACAACUCGAUGAUAAUUGAAAGCAAGACAUUUGCCGUAGAUUAUGUGUAAUUUGUAAUGUUUACAUGGGCUAAUGCUAACGCUAGCACCUUUGCCAUAGUAUUGCACCCGUUACCCCAGUAUGCCAGCCUUCGCCACAGUGGGACCUGACAAUAUUUAUAGAUGAAAUUACUCUGAUGUCACAUGCUUCCGGGUUCUUUCGAGCUGCAGAUUUCAAUGGUGGAAACAGGCAGCACUGCAGUUUUAAUAAUCUUUUAAGCUUUUAGAAUGUAAUAAUGUCUGUUAAUGUUAAUAAAAGUUAUUAUAAAGGAA